CCAAACCAUGUCCCACAAACAUUAUCGGAAAGAAUUGUCCUUAGGUACAUGCCUAAAUAAAUAAAUGUAACUCGUCUGCUGACUAAAUAUAAAAUGGCACAAAACGUGAGAAAGGAAAUCGACUUUAUUUCUGAUAUCAACGAUCGUUACGCAUUGAUUGAGUAUGAACUCGAAGAAAAGUUAAAAUUGCUCUAUCAAAACGAGCAAAAAUUGGAUCAAUCUGAAAAUAAGGAUACAAGCAAACACCGCGACAAACUUCAACCUAGUCUAUCCCUUCAGACGGCCAAGCAACGCAACUUCGAGUUGCUAAAAUCGUUGGAGGUAUCCAAGGCUCGUUUGCGAUCCAGAGCCACGUUCAGUCCACUGGAGACAAUCUUGCAGAAAGCAAUAGGAAAUUAUCUAAAGGAGACAUCGCUAGUGCCUUGUACAACCAAAAAGGCUUACGGACCAACAUAUGUCUAGUCGUCAAGUCUAGUUAAAAAUUGUGAUUCAUAUGAUAAAUAUAUAAAUAAAAUUGGUAA